AUGUGUCGUUGGAAAGAAUCAUCAGAAUUAUAUAAAAUAUUCCAAUAAAUUUAUCAAAAUUAGGAAUUUCUGAAUAAAAUAUAGAGUUCAUAUAUAAAAGUAUUUUUAGGGAAUAUUUUAAUUUGCUAAUAUUAAUUAACGCUAUAGUCAAUGAUUGAAAUAUAUAUGAAAAGCAAUAUAAAUAUAUUCAUCAUUAGAAAAUAACAGAUAUUUCAUCUACUCGAAUACUAUAGCUUUAUAUGGUAAGGAUUAUCCCCAAUUAUAUAAUAAGAAGAAUUGAUGGCUUGGGCAUAACUUUUACACUGUUUAAUUAUUAUUCUUAGAUAAAUUCUCACUAUUGGGUAUUAACAGAUAACAUUCAAGAACAAUCUGCACACUAAAACAGCCUAAAAUAUCCAUCCCCAAUGGGUUUUUAGAGUUUUGUAUUAAAGCUCUUCUCUCAAAAUUUCACUUUUGUUCUUUUUUUUUUAAGCUUUAGUCAAAUUUGACAUUCAUUUUUAAUUUCCCUAAGUUUAAAUAGUUAUUACUCAUAAUCCAAAAUUGUGUAAAGUGUUUAAAAAUCCGGUUCUCUAUCAUAUUUUUGACUCUCCAAUUAACCUUUCAAUCAGAUCAAACCCUUCUUCAUUUUCAUACACUGUGUAAGAAAAUAUUAUUAAUCUUCUGUAUUAGAUAAACCUACAUUGA